UGGAAAGGAAGGGGGAAAAAAACUCAAAAGGUGCCCUGAUAGCUUCUCCCCAGGCUGUUAAGACUCAGUAAAAUGUGUUUACUUAAGGAACUCUCCAUCUGAAUAAUGCCUCGAGUCAUUAUUAUGCACGUAGAGAAACCUCCCUCAAUGGGACACACCCUUUCUUUCAGAACUGUCACGAAGGCACUGUGUCCCUAACAAGUCAAACUGUUGCUGCUUAGACCAGGCUGGAGUGGACAGACGUGAUCCAGCCCUGAGUGCUGGACAGCAGACAAAACCUACAAAGAGCACAUCCACGCGUGAGGGUGAACGACUUACCAUCUCCACAGGACCCUGGCAUCAGUCCACACCAGGCACUGGAAAUCCUACUGAAUCCACUCUUGUGAAACACUGACAAGCAUUAAACGAACCUGAGCAUGGGGAGUCCCGGCUGUACCGCACACUCUCCUCUCUACAUCAGUCACUCCCACCACACUGACAACAGGAUGGCCUGGCUGGACGAGGCUGAAGACAUCAAACCGCCUCGCAGCUUGCUGGGGCUGCCUGAGCUCAGCUGGCAGGGGGUCUGCCUCCCCUGCUGCAACAGAUUACCUAUAGAGGAGAACCCCUGGGUGCUGAAGGUCACAGAGGCCCCCACUGCUGCCGCUCCUCCCUCCAAGCCUCUGGAGCAGAGUCUUGCCAAGCCCAGCCAAGCCCAGGACCCCCAAUCUGGGAUGGAGGCUCAGGCGGAGGAGCGUUGUUUGGAGCAGGUCCAGUCCAUGGUGGUGGGAGAAGUGCUGAAGGAUGUCGACACGGCUUGCAAACUGCUCAACAUUGCAUCAGACCCCUUGGAUUGGAGCUGUGUGCACGUUCAGAAGUGGCUACUCUGGACCGAGCACCUGUACAGGCUGCCACAGGUCAGCACAAUGUUUCAGGAGCUGACCGGCAGGGACCUGUGCUCCAUGACAGAGGCAGACUUCAGGCAACGCUCCACGCAGUUUGGAGACAUGCUGUAUGCUCAUCUGGACAUAUGGAGAUCUGCUGCAGCAAUGAAGGAGCGCUGCCCGCCAGAAGACAGCAAAUCUGCAGCUGAUGAUGAUUUGUGGUCAGAUGUGGUGUGUAACUACCCCAGUCAGCCCAUCCACCUGUGGCAGUUCCUCCGAGAGCUGCUCCUCAAGCCUCAUAACUACAGCCGCUGCAUCCGCUGGCUUAACAAAGAAAAAGGUAUUUUCAAAAUCGAAGACUCAGCUCACGUAGCCAGGCUAUGGGGCAUCAGGAAGAACCGCCCGGCUAUGAACUAUGACAAACUGAGUCGCUCUAUACGCCAGUACUACAAGAAAGGUAUCAUUCGAAAGCCUGAUGUGUCGCGCAGACUGGUCUACCAGUUCGUCAACCCUGUAUGAUUAAAGAGGACCGGCUGAUCCAACAAGCUCAGGAGGCACCAAAGAUAUGCUGGACAUACCGUACAGUAGAAGUAACAUGAACUCUAAAGCUUGUUUGUUCAUUCAUUGUAUUUGAUUUAAUUUCAAUUGUAAAGACUGCCUACUGAACUAUGCACUCCUGCCUAUCAUAUCCUUAUACCUUGUUAUUCUUAAAACUGGAUUUUAUUUAAUGUGUUUGUUGUCAUUAGAGCUCUUAUCUUUUAUUUUUAUUUUAUUUUAUUUUUUUUUGCUGUGAUGUGUGGUUUCCCAAAAAGUUAGCUACACAUUCCAUCUUCUAUGGAGUCUUUUAAAAUAAAUAAAUAAGCAAUAUGCUUAUUUAUGUUCUUGCCAAGAGUUAGAUGAGAAGACUGAUACCACUCUCAUAUCUGUAUGAUAAAUAUAUAGUUGGAGUCAACAGCUGGCUAGCUUAGCUUAGCAUAAAGACUGGAAACAACCCGUCUGUUCUGUCCAAAGAUUUUUGCCUAUGUCCAGGUCUAAACUUCACUUGUCUUUGCGCUAAGCUAAGCUAACUGGCUGCUGGCUACAGCUACAUAUUUAGACGUGUGAAAGCUGUCAGUCUUUUCAUCUAACCUUUGGCAUGAUAACAAAUAAGCAUUAUUUCCCAAAAUGUUAAACUAUUCCUUUAAUCUCUCCUAUAAAUUCUCUUUUUCUCUCCCUCUUUCUUUUUAAACAACUAAACUUCCUGUUAUUUCCAUUCAUG